GGAUGUUUUUAAAAUAAGAGUUCAAACUUUCCCCGUGCUGAGUUCUAGACAUUAUUGUGGAAACGACCAAUUCAUUAGAGGUUUUAUCGUCAUUCCGUUACCUAGAAAUUCCACAUAACAGUGAUGAGUAUUUUCCUAUCUGAAAAACUUGAGAAAGUGUCACCUGUGUGUUGGGAUCUUUAACGAGAACUGAUGUUGUCUAGAUUGCAAAUACUUCUACAUAGUUCUUAUCAACGCUGCGUACGCUACCAACGUGCACACUCUGUCUUAUCUAUUGAACCUUUUCGUCGAAGCUGUGGAGGAUAAUUCACUGGUCCUGAUAAAAAAUUAGUAUCGCCUUGAACGAAUGUCAAGAGAACGUGUCCUCCGUGAAGUGAGAUUGAUCUGUUGUCGUCUAAAUACCCAGAUAAAUAGGCUGAGAUUUAUUGUUCUUUAAAAUUUCAUAACUUUUUGAACAAGCCUGAAAUUAACACAGAAAAAAUUCGCCUGUUUGCUGAAAGUUAAAAUGAGAACAAAGCUUCAAAAUAAAAAAGAAACCGUGGAUUUUUAUUGAGAAAUUUAAUGGAGAUCCGGCCACUUUUAAAUGAUACCGAUCGAUUUUCUGCGAUAUUACCUAAAUUUCGAGCGUUGGAGUAGCGCCUUGCGCUCUGCCACAUACCAGAAAUCAGCGUUAGAAUGCGGUGGAGGCGUUUGGUGCAAGACGGACAGCGCUAUCAUCCUCCACGUCGCAGUGACAGAUAUCCUUUACGUCGCAGUGACAAAUAUCCUUCACGUUGCAGUGACAAAUAUCCUCCACGUCGCGGUGACAGACAUCCUCCACGUCGCAGUGACAAAUAUCCUCCACGUCGCAGUGACAGAUAUCCUCCUCGUCGCAUUGAUAGAUAUCCUCCGUUGCGACUACAUCGACAAGCCUUAAGAGUCUACAAGCCACGACCGUCUAACACAAAGCAUCCUUGUGCCAGAGGAUCCAACACAGCAAACUCUCGGUGGCACUUCUUAUCGAGCUUUUUGCCAUCGACUGCAUCGUUCACCGAAAACACGACACACUCACGCCAAGCUUCACAUAUAAAAAAGAGACCCAAGAGCGUGAUAUUGGUUCAGGGUAGCGAUUUGUCACGCUCUAAUCACCCAAAACCAAUCUCCUUACCACCCAAUCCAUCUUCUACCGGUAGCUGCAGUUGGAAGAAUUCCAUUAUUUUUGCCUUAUUUCUAGGAAAAAUCAAACGCCAUCUACAAAAUCGUUUGAAUUAUUUAGCUUAUCAAACUAUCGACUUCUGUGCUGAAUUUGAAUUGAAAUUGGUAUUGCCUAGCAGUGCAGUAACAUUGACUGUGGUGAUCAAUUGUGUGAUUAUCUCAAAAGAACCUGCGAGCUCGCACAGCGAAGUCACCCUGUGUCACCCAUGGUCACACAGGUCUUCGUCGCGACUCAAUGCUUUGUCAAGCGACUUAAAUGAUAUUUCAAAGACUGCUACACUUCAUUCUCAUAAUCUUAAUCAUCCUGAUACUGCCGCUGCGAAGUUGCCUCGGUCAGGCGCCCGCCACACACAUCGUCACAGAGACCGGCCAGUGCGUGACCAUCGCUCCUAAACUCGCGCUCCUCAAAUCCUGCGACUCCUCCGACCCCAGCCAAAAAAUUUACCGAGUAGCUGUGAACGCGACACACAUCGUCAUGCUCAACGAGCAGCGCUCCAAAGCUCUCUGCUACGCCAGAGGCUCCAGAAAAGUCAUGGCUCUUAAAAUUAAGAACUACUGCAUGCAUCCAUCCGACGACAUCCUGAGGUGCGAGCCUCGACGAAGAAAUUUCGAAUGCCACAUCCAAGAAAUCAACGCACAAGGAGGCUACUUUUACUUCAACUUCGGCAAAGGCAAAAGAGACUACAUGGCAUGGGGGAGAAACGGUAAACUUCAAAAAGCCAGAGACAGGUUUUGCAAGACAAAUGAAUCGAAUAAACGAAGGAAAAUUAGACACCUUCAUUCCAAGUCACGCAGUGGCUCUGAAAGAUCCAGAGAACUCCUACCACGGAGCUUCGAGCGAAGCCAAAGUGCUUCAUAUGAGUCUGGAGCGAGAUCAUUCGAGGACUAUGCUUCUGUUGAAGGAAAGAAUAGUAAUUAUAUCAAUUCUCUUGAGAAACACGAGACUGGAGAACGGUUUCUCAGUGGAGAACAUAAUUUUCUAAGAGAUCGUGCUUCCAGUGAACGUCAACGUGGUCACGUCAGAAGGAGAGGCUCCAGGAAAUGUAGGAGGAAGAAAGAUAAAUUCAUGAGGUUCAUGUACAAGACAUGAAACUCACAACAUGAAGAUUAUUAGCAUUCACGAAUAUGCUUUUAUCAUUUUACGUUUAAACUCCGUGAAGCUGGAGGAAGAAGCAAACGAUUCAAGUGGAAUUAUGAUAUGUCUUUCCUGCUCAUUAUUCGUUUUAAAAUUCGAUUGUCUCACGCAAUUUAUUCGCAGCGAACUGGAAAAUUUAACUCGGAAAAUGUGUUGAAAAUCCCGGUUGGGUAUUCAUGACAUACCCAGUCUUAGCAGCACCUCAAUAAUGCGUAUUCUCUAUUCAAUUCGCUUCUCGGAAAUUUAAAUUACAAGUACGAUUCGACUUUACAAUAUAACAUUUUGCCAUUCGCCGUAAGAAAUAGGAUGUGCUUCAGCAGUGUUAUUUUCUUUUGAUCCAAACUUUUUGCCAUUAUUUAUUCAUAACCCAGAGACUUAAAGCUUCACGAAUAACUUUUACUAAUCCGGCCAAGAUGUGUUCAGCAAUGCUCCACUUGGAGUUUUCACGAAGCUUACCCAAGCUUAUCGAAGCUCGGGAGUGAAUGAGCGGUUGGAAUUGCCUAGAUUGGAGAAACGAGUUGAUGGGUCGGAACCCACGACAAGCUGCAAAAAUUUUAGUUGUAAUCGGCAAGUUUAAGGGGUGUCCAAUAAUCGGCAACAGGAACAUCGCUUAAUCAGAGCUGACACUACUAUAUUGUAUAAUGAUUAUUUACUAUUACGAGAGCAUAAUUCCUACCUGCCAGCAAUCCAGCAUUUAAAGAUGAUUGACUUUCACUUUUUCUAAUUAGCUUUUGCAAAUAUUUUAUCGAAAAACUUGCCGGGGUUAUCAUAAAAAUUUUUCCAGAAAGUUCUAGCUUUGUUAAGUAUGAUGAAAAUCGGCAUAACUUUUACAUUUGUAUUAUUUUUUUUUAUUUUAUCUCUUCAUUGUUCAACUUUUGGCUUGGUUAGCGGUUAAAACAAGUCUUCAAUCAGGAUAAAUCAGGUUGCAAGAACAUAAAUGCUCAUGUAAAAUUUGUCUUCAUAAGAACGGAGGAUAGAGCCCUGACCGACGGUGGUCACGGCACGCAGAUCUGAUGCAACUGCGGGUAUUGAUUGUUAAUAUAGCGUAGUGAUUUUCGAAUAUAUUUUGUAAUAACUGAAGGAUCUAUACGUGCAUAUUAACUUAAGCUAUUAAGUCAUUUUACCUGUACCAUAAAGUGCCAAGCAUUAACGUAAGGACGCUAGAACCUGGUGAAGUGAGCGUCACUAUAUGCGAGGAAUCCAAAAGAGGCUAAGCUUAGUAAUGAAUGAGAAAAUAAUGGUAAGUGUCACGACUAAGUUUUUAUAAAGAUUAUGUUGAAUAAAAGCGAUUACGUUUUGACAUGGAACUGAUGAAAUGAGUUAAACGUUAAUGUGAAUGUUUUCUUUAAGGUAUGGAUGAUAUUUGGUGGAUGAAUUUCAUGUAGAUGUAUGAUGUCGACACAAAGAUAGGAAGUCACUUCAUUUACGAAAUUACAAAACAAACAACUAUGUCAACUAUUAUGUGCCAAAUUUGUAGAAAUAUAUGUAAAAGUUACUCGGAAUCUACAUUUUUAAAUUGGGUGUUUAGUUGUCAAAUCAUCGAACGAAGGCAUUUCAUUCCAAAAGAAUAUCAUAUUUUCAUUUAUUAUCUAUGUGGAACUUCUAAAGUAAGUGUGACAUUUCUGUGUGGAGGUCGAACUGACGUUCAACUUCAGUUUGAGUCAAGAAAAACUGUCUUCGUUCUAUAAAAUGUACUUCUGUAGGUGGAUGUCAUGACACAGUAAUGGAUGUUUCUUGAACUUGUCUUUGUAAUGCGUAAUGGUGAUUUAUGUUGAUACCGAUAUCUUUGUAACGCAUGAUUGUGAACGUUUGUUGAUACCGAUGUCAUUGCAACGUAUGACUGUGAAAGUCUGUCUAUGCCGAUAUGUUAUUUCAACGUAUAAUUAUGAAACUCUGUGUAUGUUGGAUUGAAUGCACGAAAAAAGUGCCUGGAUUCACGAUUUUUGCCUGUUUUUUUAACGUAUAAACGCUGCAUGUUGUUGUUGUACGACGUUGUAAAGCUAGUCAGAGGCUCCCUCUUAUUCUUUGUAAAUUUUACGACUUUCCAAGCUCUGAGGUUCGAUUUGUACAAUGACGUCCGCUUUAUAUUCCGUAUAGAUUUAAGCAUUUGUUUUAUUACGUUAAUAUCAAGCGCACUUCGGCCAAUGAAUCAUUUAUAAAUUUGACGUACAUGUUUCAGUUUGAUAAAGUUGAAUAAAUAAAUAACGCUUCACUAUCCAAUACACGAAAUUAAAAAAUAAUUAAAUGAAUACGGGUUGAUCGAAUAUCAACUUUAAUGUUUCGUAUAAUAAAAUUUAAUUAUUUUGGCUGCCAUUUUAGUGUUUCAAUUGUUCAUUGAAGAACACUUAUGUAUUAUUUUGACACGCCAUUUUUAGCGAUGCUUUUAUUUAGUAAGCUUCGGUAAUACAUAGUUACCAUUUAUUCUGUAAUAACUGUCACUUAUGAUAAAGCUUCGAGCCUGAAUUUUGUAUUAGAUCCUUUAUAAUAUAUUUUUGCAUUUUGCAUGUCAUUUGAAGGUUGCUUACUUGUGCUGGAUAAUGCUGGUUAAUCUUGAAUAAAAACCUUCCCCUGAA